AUGGCGAUCAAAUUUAUCUUAUUGGUGAACAAACAAGGCCAAACGCGAUUGGCGCAAUACUUCACCGAGUCGAUUCCAACGUCAGAGAAGCGACAACUCGAAAGCGAAAUCGUUCGCAAAUCCCUCUCGCGAGGAUCGGAUUACGCGAAAGGGAUGCACGCGUAUUGCGCGUUCUUACGACACAAUUCCUAUAAAAUAUGCUACCGAAGAUAUGCUUCCUUAUUUUUCAUCGUCGGGGUGGACGACGACGAGAACGAGCUCAGCAUGAUGGAUUUUAUACACUGCUUCGUGGAGACGUUAGAUUGGCACUUCGGGAACGUCUGCGAGUUGGACAUCAUGUUUCACUUAGAUUCGGUGUACGUGAUUUUAGACGAGAUGGUGUGCAACGGACAAAUCGUGGAGACGAACAAAAGAAUCGUGCUCGGAGAAGCGAGCAAGUUUGAAACGUAA